UUACUGAAAUCAUGAAUCCUGUGUAUAGCCCUGGAUCUUCUGGGGUUCCCUAUGCAAAUGCCAAAGGAAUUGGUUAUCCAGCUGGCUUCCCCAUGGGGUAUGCAGCGGCUGCACCUGCCUAUUCCCCUAAUAUGUAUCCUGGAGCAAAUCCUACCUUCCAAACAGGUUAUACACCAGGAACCCCAUAUAAAGUAUCUUGUUCACCCACUAGUGGAGCAGUGCCACCGUAUUCAUCAUCACCGAAUCCCUAUCAGACUGCUGUGUACCCAGUUCGAAGUGCCUACCCACAGCAGAAUCCAUAUGCACAGCAAGGCACUUACUACACACAGCCUUUGUAUGCAGCACCACCCCACGUAAUUCACCACACCACGGUUGUGCAGCCUAAUGGUAUGCCAGCAACUAUGUAUCCUGCUCCAAUUCCACCACCAAGAGGAAAUGGUGUGACUAUGGGUAUGGUGGCUGGGACUACUAUGGCAAUGUCAGCAGGUACUUUGUUGACAACUCAUUCCCCAACUCCAGUAGCCCCUCAUCCAGUUACUAUGCCCACGUACCGGGCUCCGGGAACACCAACCUAUAGUUAUGUGCCCCCACAGUGGUGAUCAUCUGGCAGUCAGUGUUUGAAGAUGGGAGAUAUGCAAUCAAGAAAUUGAGGUUUAAAAGUUGGUGCUGAAGCCCUCAUGCCUCCAACCAGGACUUUCCUUCUGAAUGCUUUCAACACUUGGCUAAACACUACUAAUUCCUGAUCACUGAAGAUUUUCCAGUGCUGCAUAUCUUACAUCUUGGAACUCCAGCAGUUAGUCUUAAAGCAAAUCCUGUUUUGUGGACUGUCUUGCAAUUUUUUAGCUAAUUAUAAAGAUAAAAAGGGAGUAUAAAUUUAUUCUGAUCCAUAUGUAGUUGAAUGCAUGUUAAAACACAAAAACGAAGCUUGCUCAAUCUACCUGCAGUGACUGAUGCAAAAACCAUCAUAUGCAAAUCCAAAGGAACCGAAAAGUAUUUUACAACUUGUAUCACUAAUGCACUGUUGUAAUGUAUGCAGGGUCUUAAGAGACAGAAUCAUGAGUUUCUUUAUAGAAUACCAUAAUAUGCAUUAGAUAAGUGCAUCAGCCUUUUUCAGGUUGAUGGAGUUGCCAGUUUAAAAGGGACAUACUUUCAUUUAAGUGAUGUAUUCUUUUCAAAUUCAACUACUAAAUUGGAGUGACUGGAAAAUGAGUCAGACAAGCUGUAGAAAUCCUGCACACAAUUAGUUUACUUCAUACCUUUUCAUUUUCGUUGUAAGGAUUCAGUGUUAUACAGAUGUUCUUAAGGAUCAGAGUGAAAUGACAAAGGUAACACUGUGUGUGCCAGUAAAUAACGCAAACUUCCUUGAGGCAAAACUGGUUCUUAGGAAUAGUAGGGGGUGAUGUCACCUGCGUAAUGAAUUGCAUGUCCUGGGGGGAUAUAUAUCCAGUACUAUCUUUUAUAUGAUGCGAGAUGUGUCAAAGUGAGACUGCCACACAGACUGAUAGAAAAACACUUUUAGUUCUCAGUUCAGGAAAUCCGUGCUGUUUUUCCUAAAGGAUGUUGUAGUCAGUUGCAAAUAUAUGUGCAGUUGAUCCAGCUUGCUUUCCUGGGACUUAAGAAAUGUUAGGGCUUUCUACAACCAAGAGGAGUUCAGCUGCAUGUUUUUCUGAGGAAAGCUUGUGUGCCUGAUGAGUAUGUUAAAGGGGAACAAACCAUUUUAACACAAUUUCCUUGUUAGCUACUUGCAGUAAGGACUAUGGCUAUGCUGUAGUAGGGCUGCCAGAACAUAGAAGUUUCAAAUAGUUGUUCUUUUAUCUUUUUUAUUUUAUUUUAUUUUUAUUUUUUCCUGAGAAUAUUUGUAAUGGAAGUAGGAGUUACUUGUCGGUUACAGCAUUUUGAUGUGUUUUCUUAAGUGCUUUCCCUUUUUACUUCCUAAAUUGCACUUUGGAAGCACGUGAAAUAAGACUUGACUGCAGAUUAGCAUUUCAUUGCAAUGAGUCAUUUGUGAUAUUCUUUCUUGCAACUUCAAUUUUUCAGAGUACCUCAAAGCAAGUGCUGUGGGAUAAAGGGCUAGCCUUAGAACCCAUUUGUAUACCAAGAUUGCUGCGGGGAAGAUAUUAAAUUUUUAAAAUUGAAUAUUGCACAUUUAAAAUCAAGGGUUUCUUAAACCUCCUUGACUUUACGAUUCCACAAAGAUGCGAUUUUUCUUUUUUUGGAUACCUUCUGCCUGCAAUAAGUGACGCAGUAAAUGGUUAUAAAAUGUUGUUCCCUUUUAAUCGUUUACACAGAGGUGUGUCAGGCUGUGUUGUUCUCGUAGGUUAACUUCCAUUCAGAAGUCAGGUUUUUUAAAGUUGUAUAUGUAGUUACACUUUGUUUUGGGGUGUUCUGCUCCUGUACAGAUUUGGCAGCUACUUCAGGGUAACAUCAGUGCUGAUUUAAUGCUGCCAUUCCAGUACUCUGCCCUGUGGGAGGCUUAUGUACCUUCAUGACCUGUUGGUGGUUAAAGCCUUCAGUAACUUUAUUUUAUAGUAAGCACUCUCCAUAUUUUGUACUUCCUUUUUUUUGUUGUUGUUGUUUAAUAAAGUUUAGGUUUAUUUUGCAUGAA